GUGCUCUUUUAUAAAGUUUUAUAGGGAAAAGGAGCGGUCCAUAUAUAUGCUAAAAGCUUACUAUCUGAAAUUGGCAAUGAGGAAGCAAUAUUGAGUGGGGAAUGUUAAGAAUAUUCAGCAUUUGCAGUAGGAGCCAGCUGAGGGCCAGCAUCAAAAAUGGACUUGAAAGAAAGAAGCAGCUCCCAGUGGCAGGAAGUAUCUGGAGUGAGUAUCUUUUAAAAGCUAGAAGCACAGGAGCCCCUCUCUUCGUGGUAUAGGGUGUGCACGCGCGUGUGCCUGGAAGAUCUCAGAUCAGCCCAACACAAUGCAGAUGUGAGCUCCGUUUGAGAAUUAUGGAUUUCAAUAGCUUGACUUUCAUCAUGAGUUCCGAGUUAAAUGUCCCGGUAGACCCUCCUUCUUCUACCUGUUGUGCUGAGCCCACCGGCAAGGGCAUGGAUUACCGGGACUGGGUCCGUCGUAGUUACCUGGAGCUGGUCACCUCCAAUCAUCACUCUGUUCAGGCCCUUUCAUGGAGGAAAUUAUACUUGAGUCGAGCCAAGUUGAAAGCUUCCAGCCGGACCUCUGCCCUCCUCUCUGGAUUUGCCAUGGUGGCAAUGGUUGAAGUCCAGCUUGAGAUGCAGUACCAGUAUCCCCAAAUGCUGCUGAUUGCUUUUAGUGCUUGCACCACCAUUUUAGUUGCUGUGCAUCUCUUUGCUCUACUUAUCAGCACUUGCAUCUUGCCUAACGUGGAAGCAGUGAGUAACAUCCACAACCUGAACUCCAUCAGUGAGUCUCCCCACGAACGUAUGCAUCCAUACAUAGAGUUGGCAUGGGGGUUUUCCACUGUCUUGGGCAUCCUUCUCUUCCUUGCCGAGGUUGUCCUCCUAUGCUGGAUCAAAUUUCUGCCAGUGGACUCUGUGUUGAGAAAUGAUAGUACUGUUAUCCAGAAGACCAGCCAGCAUACAGGCUGGCAUGCAGCCCUCGUCUCUACUAUAAUUAUGGUUCCUGUGGGGAUCAUCUUCGUUGUCUUCACCAUCCAUUUCUACCGGUCGCUUGUCCGCCACAAAACAGAACGCCACAACCGAGAGAUUGAAGAGCUCCACAAACUGAAAGUGCAGCUAGAUGGGCAUGACAGGGGUUUGCAAGUUGUGUGACAAACAGAUGCUUUUUUGUUCCUAAAUUCAUGUUCAGCUGAGGGUUUUUUUAGCAGCAGAAGAAAGGCAUGAUAGGCUGUUUAGAAUUCUAUCUUUCUCUGAUGCCAAAAAUUUGGCUGCUUUUCAUUGAGGCCCAGAUCAACUUCCCUUUGGUUCUUCAUACUACAGCCAACAUAACCAUGUUUAUAAAAUUGAAGGCUACUUACAUUUGGGCAGUUAUUCUUUCCAUUUCCAUAACUUGAAAACGGUCUAUAUAGCUGGGUGGUUGUGAUGCAUUUUAAUUGCUGCAACUUGUAGUAUUUUUUGAGGAAAUGCAUGGAGUAAGGAAAAACUCUGUUUGCCACUGCUCUCUCUUACUGGCAAGGUUUACAAGCAUGACUUUGGGAGUGAGUUUGUACAUCAUCACAUGCAAAUAGACGCUAUGGAAAUUGUGAAAUGUGUCUGCUUUGCGAUUUCACACCCAGGAAGUAUUUCUGGAUUACCGACAAGGAUAGAUUCAGUUUGAGCCAAGAAUUUUUACUCUGCCUGCCUUUUUUUUCUUUGUUUAUUAUUUCAUAUUGCUUCUAUAAAGUAUUUUUUUCCCCAUUGAAAAAAGAAAAAACAGCUCUUAGCCCAGAAAUCCCCAUGUUUUUGGUUAAUGAGAAUUUUUGGGAAACUACUGCGAUACUUUUUUCUCUAAAUGCUAAUUAUAAAAGAAAGAUUUAAAAGAGGAAUAUACAGUAUGUUAAAUUUAGAAAUCUCUCUUGAUUGCACAACAGAAUUGUAUGCGUAAGGUUGUAAUUUUAAAACAUCACAGCCCUGGUGACACAAUUUGUUACGUUGCAGAAGGCCUCCAAGCUGAUACCAUUCUCCAAUAUCAGAAGACAGCUGGAAUGUGAAGUACAAAUUCUGAUUGAUGUGCAAAGUUAUUUUAUGAUAUAGAAAUACUGUAGUAGUGUCAUGAUGUGGAUAGUAUUUGGAAAAGGCCUUUUUGCAAGUCCAAGAAUCCUUGUUCAAACCACAGUUCUGUAUGUUCAAAGAAUUCUAGCUCAGCAAAAUGUGGAUUAUUUCAUUUAGCUCUAUUUAGUUUGGGAAAAUUAAAUUUUACCUUAUGCAUUUUAAUUUAAUAAUAAGAGUUGAUCCUAUGAAUAAACAGGUAUCUUUAAAAACAUGUGCCCUACUAUUUACAUGAGACAUCAGUGUCCUAUUUCACAGAUCUUACAGUAUGUAUAAUCAAAAAUUACUGUAUUUUGCAAAUAAGAGAAUAAUUGUAUGAUGAAUUACAAAUACAUUUCCCCAAACUUUUUUCUUAUGCAAAAUUAGGGAUACUUUGAAAAGGAAAAA